AGCAGACGAAAACAUGGUACUGUACAAUUCAAAACCCAGAAAAGAUAAAGAUGGUUCCUAAUUCUUAACUGUGCAGUUAAUUAAUGAUGGAUACAUCUCAAUUUAGUUUCCAAAUUGGUCAUGUCGCGAGGGAAAAUGAAACAACUUUGAAUGCUGAUUUAUCGAAUGUAAUUUCUUCCAACAAUGUUACCUCAUUCGAAAAUAUAUCGUUUUUUCUUGCCACUCGUAAAUAUCCAAAUGGCUUGAAUCUUAACCAAAAACGCACUCUAAGAAAGGCUGCCACCAACUUCUCGCUUGUCGACAACAAGCUGUACUACAUUGGGAAAAAUAAAACUGAUAAAAGACUUGUAAUCUUGGACGAAGAAGGGAAAAAGCAGGUCUUUGAAGAUUGCCAUGGAAGCUCUAUUGAAGGGGGGCAUGGGGGCCAAAAGAAAACACUGGAGAAAAUAGAGAGUCUGUUCUUUUGGCGUGGAAUGGUGAAGGAUGUCAUUCAUUGGGUUACAGCAUGUGAAAUUUGUCGCCAUAAGGAGAAGAGAUGUAAUCAAUUGUAUAAAAAAGCCAAAACAGUAGAUUUUGUCAAUGACACAAGCCAGUCUUCAGAUACAUGUCAAGAUGACAUAACAACUGGUGAAAAUCCAACCAAUGGUAUUUAUGAAACAGCCAAAUAUAGCAUGGAACAGAUUGAGCUAUGCCUCCAAAAGAUUCAGCACUAUGAGUUGGAAGUUGUGAACAUGUCAAAGACAGCAGAAGUUGAAAUUGAUGAUACGCUCGAUUUCCUUCUUGCUAAAAUUAUGAAACUCAUUAGCCGGAAAAAACGCGAAAUGAAAAUUCAAGUUGAAGAACAGAAAAUUAGGUCAUUAAAUUUACUGAAAACAUUUCGUAAGCAAUUUGAAGGAAGAUUGAAGACCAUAAGAAAGUUGAUUUUGGAUGUAGAAAAAGCCACGAAAGAUAAUCAGCCGUGGUCCUCGCCAAAAAAUAAACCAGCUGUAAGCUUACCGGAAAUGCUAAAAAGAGAAGAACUUGGUGGAAUAUGGAGCGUGUUUAACACCGACGAAGCUCACGAAGAAAUCGGGAAAAUUAUAAAAAAAUGUGGCAAUAUAUGCGAGCAGCCUCCGUACAUAAUAUCGAACAUAUUGCAAUUACCCGCUUCACUUCGCAUCCAAAUUAGCCAUGCCGCGUGUGAGAAUCAGCCGUUAUUUAGAGAUGCUUACGAAAUGGGAAACUUUACGCCAACAAGGAGUCUAAGGCUUUAUCACUGUAUCCACAAUCCUGCUGCUCCCAUAGGCGAUGAGUCUAUUUUCCAUGAAAACCAAAUUCAGAUACUGAAAGGUUUCAGUAAAGAAAAUUACGUUUACCUCAACUGUCUUGAACCGCAUCAGGUUUAUGCCAUUUACAUCAGUUAUAGGGAGGAAGGCUCCUCCGGUUGGUCUCCGUGGAGCUUCCCUUUUCUAGCCAGUACUUCAAUCCCAGGAUAUUGUUGGGAAACAAUAAACAGUGCCUGGAAGAUCUCUUCUGAUCUAAGAGAAGCUUCUAAAAUUGUUAACUCGCUAACUCCUUUGUUCUCGUCUAGUGCCCAAUAUUUUCCGGGAUGCCGCAUCAGCGUGACUUUGGAGAAGAUCCCCGACAUCGUACACGCCGAGGAUGGAUUCGCCCUGAUUGAUCAGGGGGUACAAGGAGGCACGCUCAAUCAAGAGGGAACGUUCUUUGUGAAUGUAGAAGGGAAACUGUUUAUCAAUGGUAAAUUGUGUGAUGCUAUCGACCCUCUUUCGCUUGCUAAUACCACUUUAACCUUCGACUGCCAUCCAAAUAUUGAGACCAUUGCCGAUGGUCUCAGGAUGCAAUUAACGGUCCACUGUCGCAACGAAUCUCACCAAGUUUACUGGAGUGUUCGGAACCACAUUACUAACGUCUACUUUGGCGUACGUUUCCAUCAGCCAGGUGCACGGGUGAAGAUUGGAUGACUGGAACUUUUUUCGUCUAAUAACGUGUUGAAUUGCGUUAACUAAAUGGAAAAAAGUAUCAGUCGUUUCACUGUUCAUUUUAUCAAAAAACAAUAAAUUUGUCAUAAUCGUA